AUGCUUGGUUUCUCGGAAGAUGAAAUUGCUUGUUUUAUUGCAUUUAUUCGUAUUCUUUCAUGUAUUGCUCAAACUCUUCUUUUGGCAUGUUUACAAAAAUAUUUCGGUGCAAAAGAAACUAUAAUGGUUGGAUUAUUUUUUCAAAUUGUUCAAUUAGCAGCAUU